GCGUGGCCCGGGGUCCCGGGGGCAACGUGGGCGGGGGGCCCCGCCCUGGCCCGCCCUGGUCCCCAGAACGUUCCCAUCACUGCUUCUCCCGCUGAGCCCGCGCCAGGGGCCCCCCAGUGACUGCUCCCCCGAAAGACUACUCCAGAUAUCUCCCCAUUAAUGCCCCCAUGUAGGACAGCUGCCAGAGCGCCCUCAUUCGUGGCGAUGCCCCCAACUGCUGCCAGGGCCCCCCACUGAGGCUUUCUCAUAGGAUCUCUUCUACAUACCCCCCCCACCCCGUCAUUGCUUCCUCCAGGACAGCCCCCAAAAUGCCACCGGCAUUGCCCGUCCCCAUGCAGGGCAGCUGCCCGUGAACCCUCCCUUUAGUAUCCCCUGUAGGUUGCCUCCGAAGAGUGUGGCAUUAGUGCUUUACGGCAGAUCUGUCUCCCAUUAUUUCUGUCUACACACAACAGCCCCCAAAGCUCCUAGCCAGCGCCCCCCCCCAAAACGCCCCCUUCAUUAGUGUAAAAAUACUUUGCAUUCUGGUCAGUGGCCAAGAAUGCCUUCUUUCCUUCUCCAGUUCCCCCCCAGUAAUUCCCCUUGAGAAUAAUCCUUUCAAUCGCCGACACCCCUCACCCGCCCCCCCCCCCCAAACAGCUCCGUCUAGAGUUGUGCUCUCACACCCACAUCCUCUCCCCCUUUAGGUAGAAAUAGCUGCCAGUUUAGCCCCAGGCUCCCAUGAAACACUCUCACCCCACCCUCCUCCGGGUCAGCUCCUGUCUGCCGUGUUCCCACAGAGCAGUGCCCUACGUGAUGCUGUCUUCCCCUGCCCCUGGCAGCUCUCAUCCUGACCUUCCACUUCUCACUCCCUUCUCACUCCCUUCUCCUGGACUCCCUGAGGAAGACUCCCAGCUCCACUAGGGCAUGACUUCUUUUUUCCCUAGACAUUCAUUCAUUCGCUCUUUGCAGAAUGAAUAUUCACUGUUCUAGGUCUAGGAUGUACAUCCAUGAAAGAGAGAGACACACACAGUUUUUGUUUUGUGGGUCUUUACAGUCUAGUUGAGGAGACAGAUCAAAAGCAAGCAAACAAACAAGACCAAUGCUGUCUUCUGGGUUUUCUGAGUCUUAUGAGCUACUUCAGAGAUGAAACCUGAAUUGGCAGAGGCAACUUCACCAUGUAAAGAUGUGGGUGAACUGUUCCAGGCAUCCAGGCAGAGGGAGAGCACGUGCAAAGGCCCUGAGGUGGCUGCGAUCGUGAUGAUCAGAGGGGCGGCAGGGGAGGCCAGUGAGGUUGGAGCAGAGGAAUUGAAGGGAAGAAUGAGGGGAGAGAAGAUUUGAUCUCAUAGGGCCUUAGAAGUGAGGGCAUUGUGAUCAGUCACCUGGCCUUUGUUACCUCUACAGAGCCCAGAAUGUUCUACAUUUGUUCAUUCUUUCCUUUGUUCAACAACUGUUUAAUGAACACCUAUACACACUGGGGAUGCAGCAGAGAACAAAACAGACAAAAUCCCCUGUCUUGGUGGAGUGUAUAUGCCAGUUCAUGGGGCACAAAAUUAAAAAGCAAACUACAAAUGUUUGUGUGAAGAAAAUACAGUAGGAUAAGGGCAUAGAGUUACAGGGGCUGUGGUGUCAGAGGGCAUGGCAGGAAGGCCUCUUUCAAGAGAUUCCUGUGAUCCUCUUGUCACCCACCCCCAGAAAGCCACACACCAGAAAGUUACACCUGUGUGUAAACUCCUCUCUUGGACAGCUGUGGCCCACCAGGGGGCUGCCUUACUGCUCCCCUCCCCCGAGAGUGAAAUGGUUACAAGGAUGAGCCCUGGAUCCCACCAGCUGUCGUAUCUCUGAGCAAACUAUUCCCUAUUUCCCAGGCUUCAUUCAUUCACUUAUUUAACAAAUACUUGAGACAGGCCCUGUUCUAGGUCCUGGGCAUAGAGCAGUGAACAAAACAGGUACAAAAUCUUGACUGCUUGGACCCCGCCUCCUAGAGUGGGAGCCCAACAGCAAGAAGACAGACAAACAGACCAUAUGGUUUGUCAGAUGAUGCUGACAGGAAAGGAGAAAAAGGAAGAAGGCUGGGGUGAGCAGGAAUGUUGGUUUGAGUGACAGGUUACAGUGGUCUUGGAGUACCUCACUGAGAAGACAGCAUCUGAGCAAAGACGUGGAGGAGGGUCCCCCAUCUCCCACCCGCCCAGGAUGGAGGCCAACGCAGCGGGCAGCGGCGCCGGGGGCGGCGGGAGCAGCGGCCUAGGGGGCGAGGACGGGGUUCACUUCCAGAGCUACCCCUUCGACUUCCUGGAGUUCCUCAACCACCAGCGCUUUGAGCCCAUGGAACUGUACGGGGAGCACGCCAAGGCAGUGGCGGCGCUGCCCUGCGCCCCCGGGCCCCCGCCGCAGCCGCCGCCCCAGCCGCCACCCCCGCAGUACGACUACCCGCCCCAGUCCACCUUCAAACCCAAGGCCGAGGUGCCCUCCUCAUCCUCGUCGUCCUCGUCGUCCUCUUCGUCGUCGUCCUCCCAAGCCAAGAAGCCCGACCCGCCCCUGCCGCCCGCCUUCGGGGCGCCCCCUCCUCCGCUCUUCGAUGCCGCCUUCCCGGCCCCGCAGUGGGGCAUCGUCGACCUCUCGGGACACCAGCACCUGUUCGGGAACCUGAAGCGUGGAGGGCCGGCAACCGGGCCGGGGGCGACGCCGGGGCUAGCUGCCCCCACGGGGACGCCCGGGCCGCUCCCCGCGCCCUCGCAGACGCCGCCGGGCCCCACCGCGGGGGCGGCCUGCGAUCCAGCCAAGGACGACAAGGGCUACUUCCGGAGGCUGAAGUACCUGAUGGAGCGGCGCUUCCCCUGCGGCGUGUGCCAGAAGUCCUUCAAGCAGUCCUCGCACCUGGUCCAGCACAUGCUGGUGCACUCGGGGGAGAGGCCAUACGAGUGCGGCGUCUGCGGCCGCACCUACAACCACGUCUCCAGCCUCAUCCGCCACCGCCGCUGCCACAAGGACGUGCCGCCGGCCGCGGGGGGCCCGCAGCAGCCAGGCGCCCCACUCCCACCGCUGGGCCUGCCCGCGCCCGCCGCCGCCGCCGCCCCCACCUCGGCGUCCUCCGGACCCCCGGCCACGCCCGCCGCCCCCGCCGACGGCAACGCGACCCCCGCCGCCCCUGCGGGUCUGGGGGUACCCCCUCCGGCGGCGGCGGCGACAGGGGGCGGCGACGGCCCGUUCGCCUGCACGCUCUGCUGGAAGGUGUUCAAGAAGCCCAGCCACCUGCACCAGCACCAGAUCAUCCACACGGGCGAGAAGCCCUUCUCGUGCUCCGUGUGCAGCAAGAGCUUCAACCGCAGGGAGAGCCUCAAGCGGCACGUGAAGACGCACUCCGCCGACCUGCUGCGCCUGCCCUGCGGCAUCUGCGGGAAGGCCUUCCGCGACGCUGCUUACCUGCUCAAGCACCAGGCGGCCCACGCGGGCGCGGGCGCGGCGGGGCCGAGGCCCGUGUACCCCUGCGACCUGUGCGGCAAGUCCUACUCGGCGCCCCAGAGCCUGCUGCGGCACAAGGCUGCCCACGCCCCGCCCGCGGCCCCCGACGCGCCCAAGGACGCGACGGCCUCUGUCCCGCAGCCCCCGCCCACCUUCCCCUCGGGACCCUACCUCCUACCCCCCGACCCCCCGGCCACAGACAGCGAGAAGGCGGCGGCGGCCGCGGCGGCGGUGGUGUACGGCGCCGUGCCCGUCCCGCUCCUGGGCGCUCACCCGCUGCUGCUCGGCGGGGCCGGUACCAGCGGGGCUGGAGCCUCGGGCGCCAGCGUCCCCGGCAAGACGUUCUGCUGCGGCAUCUGCGGGCGCGGCUUCGGGCGCCGCGAGACGCUGAAGCGCCACGAGCGCAUCCACACGGGCGAGAAGCCACACCAGUGCCCGGUGUGCGGGAAGCGCUUCCGCGAGUCCUUCCACUUGAGCAAGCACCACGUGGUGCACACCCGCGAGCGGCCCUACAAGUGCGAGCUGUGCGGCAAGGUCUUCGGCUACCCGCAGAGCCUCACCCGCCACCGCCAGGUGCACCGGCUCCAGCUGCCCUGCGCCCUGGCCGGGGCCGCUGGCCUCCCCGCCAGCCAGGGCGCGACGGGGUCCUGUGGCCCGGGCGCUUCGGCCACGUCCGGGGGCGCCGCCGAUGGACUGAGCUAUGCCUGCUCGGACUGCGGCGAGCACUUCCCGGACCUCUUCCACGUCAUGAGCCACAAGGAGGCGCACAUGGCGGAGAAGCCGUACGGCUGCGACGCCUGCGGCAAGACGUUCGGCUUCAUUGAGAACCUUAUGUGGCACAAGCUGGUCCACCAGGCUGCUCCCGAGCGCCUGCUCCCGCCCGCGCCCGGCGGCCCCCAGCCCUCGGAUGGCUCCAGCAGCACCGAUGCGGCCAACGUGCUGGACAACGGGCUGGCCGGGGAGGUGGGAGCGGCCGUGGCGGCGCUGGCAGGGGUGUCUGGGGGUGACGAUGCGAGUGGGGCGGCGGUGGCCGGGGGCGGCGGGGCUGCUGGUGCGGGCCCCGAGCGCUUCAGUUGUGCCACGUGCGGCCAGAGCUUCAAGCACUUCCUGGGCCUCGUGACUCACAAGUACGUGCACCUGGUGCGGCGGACCCUGGGCUGCGGCCUCUGCGGCCAGAGCUUCGCGGGUGCCUACGACCUGCUCCUGCAUCGCCGCAGCCACCGGCAGAAGCGGGGCUUCCGCUGCCCGGUGUGCGGCAAGCGCUUCUGGGAGGCGGCCCUGCUGAUGCGCCACCAGCGCUGCCACACGGAGCAACGGCCCUACCGGUGCGGCGUGUGUGGCCGAGGCUUCCUGCGCUCCUGGUACCUGCGGCAGCACCGCGUGGUGCACACGGGCGAGCGGGCCUUCAAGUGCGGCGUGUGCGCCAAGCGCUUCGCGCAGUCGUCCAGCCUGGCGGAGCAUCGGCGGCUGCACGCGGUGGCCCGGCCCCAGCGCUGCGGCGCCUGCGGCAAGACCUUCCGCUACCGCUCCAACCUGCUGGAGCACCAGCGGCUGCACCUGGGCGAGCGCGCCUACCGCUGCGAGCACUGCGGCAAGGGCUUCUUCUACCUGAGCUCCGUGCUGCGCCACCAGCGCGCACACGAGCCGCCGCGGCCCGAGCUCCGCUGUCCCGCCUGCCUCAAGGCCUUCAAGGAUCCUGGCUACUUCCGUAAGCACCUGGCGGCUCACCAGGGCGGCCGGCCCUUCCGCUGCUCCUCCUGCGGUGAGGGUUUCGCCAACACCUAUGGCCUCAAGAAACACCGCCUGGCCCACAAGGCCGAGGGCCUCGGGGGGCCUGGAGCAGGGACGGGCACCUUGCCCGGGAAGGAUGCCUGACCAGGGCGGGGGGGUGCUUCCCAUCUGCCACUCCAAUCAGGUGUCCUUUUCCGGACUCGCCCCUUCGGGAGGCUGAUCGGACUCCUUCCCCUCCUCUCUUUGUCCCAUCCAUCCUUCGGAACUUCAGACAGACUAGCCUCCUUCAAGGCCCAUGUCAUGCAAACUCAAGACUGAACCACUCCCAUCUGGACCUCUCUGGCCCCCUUCUCCUCCUAUCAGACGCUGAACUUGAUCCUCCGUCCAACCCCGUUUUGUAACCCUCAUCAGUCCCCUGCCCCAGCAGCUGUUCAGUCCCCCAAUCAGCUUGGUGGAGAUGGGCCUGAACAGCCCUUCCCCCUUCCUUUGGAAUCUGGCCGGACAGUGGAGUACAAGCAGCUUGGGAGGGCACGGGGGGACUGGGCGCUCUUGGU